AUGGCGUAUCAUCACCGAAUGAGCCAGCAAUUCCAUAGCUCCCAACAGCAUCACGGUAGAGGGCGCAAGAAGGAAGAUGAGAACGAUGCGUUAAUGCGCCUGCCCGAUAAAGAGAUCGCAGGAUGUAUCAACGAUAUUGGCAUACCCUUCACUUCUGCAGACCUGAUCAAGCCCAACCCACAACAGAUUCAAAUGGUAUUCGAAUGGUUCGCUGAGCUUCUCAUGAACCUCACCCGUGAAGCGGUCGAACCCGCGAUGCGCGCAGCGGCAGACGAUAUUGGCGGCGACUUUCCCGAUAUUGUUCCAACCGAUACAAGGAACCUUAUGGGUUUCUUUGUCAGUUUAAGAAAGCUUCUAAUGGAGUGCGGGGUCAACGAUUUCACAUUUACAGACCUUACCAAGCCUACGCACGAUCGCCUGGUUAAAAUAUUCUCUUAUCUUAUCAAUUUUGUCCGAUUUCGCGAGUCUCAAACGGCCGUCAUUGAUGAGCAUUUCAACAAGUCAGAAAAGACCAAGUCACGGAUCGAUGCCCUAUAUGCAGAGAAUCAAGAAAUGGAACAGCGCCUUGAAGAAAUGCGCCGGAACCUAAGGGCUAACGAGGCCCAGGUGAAGGAUAAAGUCAGACGAAAUGACGAGCUUAAAGCGCGACUGCUCGAAUUGAGACGAAACCAGGAGCGGGUUGCUGAAACACUUGAACGAGUCAAGGCAGAUAAAGCCCGACGACAAACGCAAUUGGAGGAGAAGACAGAGAAAGUGGUGCGCACCCGACAAGAAGUCGAAAAGCUUCGACCCUACGCGAUGGAAAGCCCGGCCAAUCUUCAGGCAUCCCUAACCGAGCUAUCGGAGAAUCUACUACGAGAGAAGGCUCAGAUUGAUGCAAUGGAAAAAAGGGCGAGAGCACUUCAAACUUCGUCGGAUACAUUUACUGUCGUCAGCAAUGAUGUCCAGGCUUGUGUCAAACUUCUUGAAGACAUCUCUGUGGAGUUGCAGAAGGAAGAGGACGAAGAAGCACGAGCAUCUCGGAACAAGGAAGCGAUCUCGGAAAGAGGUAACAGCGUGAGAGAAGUGGAACAAACAGAAAAAUUACUCCAGCGACAGCUAGCAAGGUGGAAUGAAAGAAUCGAAGCUUUGCGUAAGAACGCGCAAGAGAAGGCAGAGGCAGCGCAAGCUAGAAUGAAGGAACUUCGAGAGGUCCAGAAUCAGCUUCGUGAAGAGCGUGCAGAAAAGCAGCGUGACAUGGAGAGAAGGAGGAUCAGAAUCGAGCAAACCGAGAAAAAGAUGGUGGACCUUAAGGAAAACAUCGAAAGCGAGAUCCAAAGCGCCCAUGAUGAAUAUCUGAGGUUGGAAUCGCAUAUCAAACUCUAUAUCACAGAGAUGGAAAAGUGUAUAUGA